CGAUACUAGCUUCAUUUAUUACGACAUUCCUCUGAUGAUUAAGAAUAUAAAACAAAUCCACAGUGGUAGAUACAUUGUUAAUGUAAUGAAUACUUUAACACCAUCAGGAAUGCUUGAAACAAAUCUGACUUCGCAAAAGGUUUACAAUAUUAAUGUAACAGUGUCAACUGGUUCCAUUGCGCGAGAUACAUCUAUUACGUCUGGUAAUUCUGUUAUAAUUGGUGCUGGGGUCGGAGCAGUGGUUAUUUUUAUCUCUAUAGCAGUUAUCGGAGGUCUGAUUUUUAUAUCAAGAAAGCGUCAAAUAAACAGAAGAAACGAAGACAGUAACGACAGAGCUUAUGAUUCAACACCAACUGGACCAGGACAAUCAUCAAACAGAGAAAUGCAUGUGUAUAAUGAUUUGGAAAAUGUUGAAGGAGAGGCAAACAAGCUGAAAAAGAAUAUUGACGAAAGCUCUUAUGAAGAAAUUGGAGAUGUUAAACGCAUUAGAACUGAUAACAUUUACCAAAAUAUGACAUUACCAGACAAUGAAUCACAAAAGCAAUACAAAGAAAAGAUCAUAUAUGAGAAUUUGCAUCCUUAACCCUGUACUAUAAAUAUAUUUAAUAUGUUUUGUUCGUGGACUUCUUUUUAUCGAUAUGCGUGCCGUUCUAUACAACUCGCAAAUAUUCAAUAGAGGGUAAAAUUGUCUGGAAAUAAAAGGCAAAAUCUUGAAUAGUAUGGAAUACUUGAUACUAGAAAAAGAAGAAGCUUUGAAAUAAAGUAAAUCAAACGAAGUUAGUUUUACGGCAGACUAUGACCAUACCGAAAUUAACUGGAUUUACUAUAUAAAUGUAUGAUUCUGAAGUAUGAAAAUUCAAAUGUUCGUAAGAACCAAGGGCUGGUAGAUUAACUUGAUCAUAUACAUUGUAUAAUUCUGUACACAUUCUUUCAAUUUA